AUGUCCUGCAGCAGGACGCAGUGCAUGGUGGGACGUGGGCUGCUGGUGAAGUGAAGAUGGCUGCGGAGCUCAGGCAGAGCAGAGAGCCUGCGGUAGGAAGGCCGUGAAUGAAGGCCGUGAAUGAAGUUUUCUACACAAAAUCCUUCGAUCACACUCAAACCGUCGCGCUGUCGGAGUUGCAGUCAGCCUGUGGAGGACUUAAAACAUUCACAAACAGCAGCAGGAUAACAAACAACUGAGGAUAAAGUCUCGUAUGAAUUCCGACGAGAAGGAGGACUGUGAGUGUGCGCCACCACAGGCCGAGACUAGCCCCGCCGGAGGAGCCGACAGAGAAUACGAGGAGCCUGAAAUAGAAAACCCAGAAGCAAGCCGAAUGAAGCGAGCAGCUGCCAAACAUCUGAUAGAGCGCUACUACCACCAGUUAACGGAGGGCUGUGGGAAUGAGUCUUGCUCCAACUCAUGGUGUGCCUCGUCGGUCGGCUUCAACCGAAUGGACAACAAUGCAGCGGCGGUCAAAGCCCUGGAGCUCUACAAGGUCAACGCCAAGCUGUGCGACCCCCACCCCUCUAAGAAAGGCACCGCUUCGGCCUACCUGGAGAGCAGCAACUCGGCCUGCAGCAACAGGAAGAUGAACCACAAAGACGUCCACUCCGUACGGGACAACUUCAAAGAUGUAAAUUACCUGACAGAGGAGAAGGUGUAUGAGAUCCUGGACAUCUGCGGGGAGAAGGAGGAUUACUCCCCUCUGAUCCGGGUCAUAGGUCGGGUUUUCUCCAGUGCUGAGGGUCUGGUUCAGAGCUUCCGGAGGUCCAAGCCUCACACCAAGGAGGAGCUAAAGUCCCUUCAAGGUAAAGAUGAAGACAAGGACGAGGAUGAGAAGGAGGCAGCCGCCUGCUCUGCUACAGCCAUGGAGGAGGACUCCCCCACCUCGUCUUCGUCGUCUCGGCUGGGAGAGGGCUCCUCAGGGGAAAACGACGUCCAGAAGCUGGCCCCUGAUGAGGUGUCGGUGGACAUUGAAGCCGUGCGGCGGGUCUACGAGCGCCUCCUGUCCAAUGAGAAAAUAGAAGCCGCCUUCCUGAAUGCGCUGGUCUACCUCUCUCCUAACGUGGAGUGUGACCUGACGUACCACAACGUGUAUUCACGAGACCCAAACUACCUGAACCUGUUUGUUAUCGUGAUGGAGAACAGCAACCUUCACAGCCCAGAGUACCUGGAGAUCGCUCUGCCCCAGUUCUGUAAGGCCAUGAGCAAACUCCCGCUGGCGGCCCAGGCCAAGCUGGCCCGCCUGUGGUCGCAUUACAGCGCCGAGCAGAUCCGGCGCAUGGUGGAGACCUUCCAGCAGCUCAUCACCUACAAGGUGAUCAGCAACGAGUUCAACAGCCGCAACCUGGUGAACGACGACGACGCCGUGGUGGCGGCCACCAAGUGCUUGAAGAUCGUCUACUAUGCAAACGUGCUGGGCGGCGACCUGGACGUGGAGCACAACGAGGAGGAGGACGAGGAGCCCAUCCCAGAGUCCAGCGAGCUCACGCUGCAGGAGCUGCUGGGCGAGGAGCGGCGGAACAAGAAAGGCCCCCGGGUCGACCCGCUGGAGACGGAGCUGGGGAUCCGCACCAACGACUGCCGGCGGCCGCUCAUUCCCUUCGAGGAGUUCGUCAACGAGCCUCUGAACGAGGUGCUGGAGAUGGACAAGGACUACACUUUCUUCAAGGUGGAAACUGAGAACAAGUUCUCCUUCAUGACCUGCCCCUUCAUCCUGAACGCCGUCACCAAGAACCUGGGUCUGUACUACGACAACCGCAUCCGCAUGUACAGCGAGCGGCGCAUCACCGUGCUCUACAGCCUGGUCCAGGGCCAGCAGCUCAACCCCUACCUGAGGCUCAAAGUACGCAGAGACCACAUCAUCGAUGACGCUCUGGUCCGGCUGGAGAUGAUCGCCAUGGAGAAUCCUGCAGACUUGAAGAAGCAGCUCUAUGUGGAGUUUGAAGGAGAGCAAGGUGUUGAUGAAGGAGGUGUUUCCAAAGAGUUCUUUCAGCUGGUGGUGGAGGAGAUCUUCAACCCAGAUAUCGGCAUGUUCACGUACGACGAGCGCACCAAACUGUUCUGGUUCAACCCGUCAUCGUUUGAGAACGAGGGCCAGUACACUCUGAUCGGCAUCGUCCUGGGUUUGGCCAUCUACAACAACUGCAUCCUGGACGUCCACUUCCCCAUGGUGGUCUACAGGAAGCUGAUGGGAAAGAAAGGAACCUUCAGGGACCUCGCCGACGCCAACCCGGUUCUCCACCAGAGUCUGAAGGAGCUGCUGGAGUACGAGGGCAGCGUGGAGGAGGACAUGAUGAUCACCUUCCAGAUCUCCCAGACCGACCUGUUCGGGAACCCACUCAUGUACGAUUUAAGGGAAAAUGGGGACAAGAUUCCAGUCACAAACGAGAACAGAAAGGAGUUUGUGGCUCAGUACUCAGAAUACAUGCUGAACAAAAGUGUGGAGAAACAGUUCAAGGCGUUCAGGAGAGGCUUCCACAUGGUGACCAACGAGUCGCCGCUCAAAUACCUGUUCAGACCGGAGGAGAUCGAGCUGCUCAUCUGUGGAAGCAGGAACCUGGACUUCCUAGCACUAGAAGAAACAACAGAAUACGACGGCGGUUAUAACAGAGACUCUAGAAUCAUCAAGGAGUUCUGGGAGACUUUGCACUCGUUCGGUGAGGAGCAGAAGCGACUCUUCCUGCAGUUCACCACCGGCACUGACAGAGCACCUGUAGGAGGGCUGGGCAAGCUGAAGAUGAUCAUCGCCAAGAACGGCCCUGACACCGACAGAUUACCGACGUCUCACACCUGCUUUAACGUUCUGCUGCUGCCGGAGUACAGCAGCAAGGAGAAGCUGAGGGAGAGACUGCUGAAAGCCAUCACCUACGCCAAAGGCUUCGGCAUGCUCUGAUCCCCGUCCUACAGACUCCUCAGAAACCCAUCGGUUCCUCCCCGCCUUCCCUCUCAGACACAAUCUACAGGUGACCACAGUGUGUUUCAUAAAGAACGAGGACAGAUGGUUGUAGUUCUGCUGCUGUGCUUCUCCAUCCACAGCAGUGAGAGCACAGAGAGCUCUGAAAGCCCACUCCCACUCCCACAUCCACACCAUGUGAAUGUGCUGCAGCCUCCCGUCUUUGUUUCUAUGUACAGAGAGGAUCAUCUUCUUCUUAUUUAUUUUAAGGUUAAAUGGCUUAUUUUCACGCCUGCCUGCGUAGGGGAAGGGGUUAAUAUGAAAUGAUGUAAAUUCUGGGAUGAAACAGAAACCAGUGAGUCCACAUAAACCCAGUUUACUGAACAGAACCAUGUUAGAGGAACUCUAGAGUAGUUUACUGCUAAUAUUCCCCCUGGAGACAGAAUCCACUGACCAUUCCACUCACAUCGUUCCUCCUCAUCCAUCCUGAUGGAGGUUCAUCCGGUCCAGAUAGGCUCAGUGUCAGAUAGCUUCUUCUUCUGGACCUUCUCCUUCCUGGAGGUUAGACUCAGAUCCCGUCAGAGCUGUGUAAGUGCACUUAGACAUUUUCAGAAUGUUUGUUUUCUGGCCACAGGUUGCCAUGAUUGUUGAAGCAUUUUAUUUCCUUGUCUUCCUGUGUUGAUUCUAAAUAAAACCAGUAUUUAUGUAUGAGUGCAGUUGGAACUCCAGCGCCGUGCUGCAGUGAUGGACGUAGUGAUGGGAGAAGACGUAGAGAUGUUCUUGUGCCAACCUGUACAGUCAGUGGAUAGAGGAGGAGCUUCCUUCACGUGUGGAAAUGUGCACGGAUGAAGCUGUGUGGUCUUCUGCUCAUCGGACCUUCUGGCUGUGGUUACACCUGUCGCUUAGCAACGGCGCGUUUGCUGUCUCCCAGACAAACUACAACAAUCAGACCCUGAUCAGAUUAUUGAACACCUGAUUUCAGAACAGCGACUGUGUCCUGCUGUCAGUCUUUGUUCUAAGCCGACCUGAAAACACACAAACACUCGUCAGAUUUAGGUUGGAUCUGUCAGUAAAAGUGAAUCAGGUGUAACCACUGUCAGUUUAUAACAUAAAGUGCUGAAUAGUGCUUUGAAGAGUUAGAAUCUGAGCUGUGAAUCCUCAGAGCAGGCAGAUGUUAGUGUUUUUAGUUCUCUGGCUGUGAUUUGAAGGACUCCAUGUCUCCGUGAUGCUCCUGCACACACUUCUCUGGUUUAAAUCCUCUGUUUUUUAUUUUUAAACCAACAACCUGGGUCUUGUUUUGUACUUUUGGCCUCAGUUCUUUUCAUUUCUUUUAAAUUCAGCGUUUUCAGUGGAGGACAAGCAACUGAAGUCACGGGCAGCUUUUAGAUUGUCUGCAGUUUACCCGCAUUAUUUCAGCCGCGUAUUGAAAGGAAAACAUCUCCACACUGGAAAUAGUAGACAUUUAGUUACGGUGCAGUGAAGAGGUGAGUACACACCUGUACAGGAUCAUUAUGAUCAGUUACCUACCAGGAGCUGCAGGACUUUCACUGCUGACUUCUCCAGCUGGGGUUUUGCUCUUAUGGAAAAUGAAAAAGCGACAGUUUUUAUCUGCUGUAUUAAAAAUACAGCCUCCAUAGUAGAAACUCAGUGCAACUUUCUUUUAUUGUUUCUUCUUUACCAGUUGGGUGUUUUUACUUAGUUUUAAUUGUGAUUUUCAGUUUUGGAUCCUGGAAUUGUCCUCAUCUGCUGAACCGGUCUUCUAGUCAGCCUGUAGUUGUUCAUGGUUCCAUCUAUAAAUGUCAUCUCUACAACACCUUUUCCACUCGUUUAGCCAUACACCAUGACACCUCCACCUCCGUGCUUCACUAUCAGGACCAUGCAUCCGCUGUGGUCGUCCUGGUUCACUCCUAACAUGCUGGACUACAUCUGAGCUGAACAAACUGGUCUUAUUUGGUGGAACUCCUCUCCAGUGAUCAUCAGACUUCUUUCUGAUCUUGUGGGUUUUUUCUUGAACAUCACCUUGAGGCUGAUGUUCUGAACUGGUUUCCACUGAUCACUGCUGUUCCCACCCUGAAACACCAGUUAGUGCGCUGUUGUUGACUUUAUUUUAGGACCACUGUACGUCUGAUUAGUGGAACUAUGGCUCAUUUUUCCUACUGAUCGCCGGUUGGUCACUGAUUUUCAUCUAUCCUUCGUAGAUCUUUUUAGUUUCUUCUCCCUGGGAGUUAAUUUCUCUGUGGAGCCGUGAUGCAGACAUGUGUAGUCCACAGGUCCUAAACUGACAAAGUUGUGGUGUUUUAGAGUUCAUGCUCUUAUGGGAAUCACGGAUGUACCUGAUGUUGUUGCAGCGAUCACAGGUUUUCUAAUGUUGAUGAUCACAGGUGAUUCACUUCAGUCACACUGAGUUUCUACUUUGGAGCUUCUAUUUUUUCUGCUGUUUAACUUAGAAACCCUGCAGUUGUUGAGAGCUGAUUGGGUUUUUAAUCAUUUAACAUUUAAGUGAUGUUGCUCAGAGGUGUACUCACUUCAGCUGUGGCAGGUCCUGAUAAAAACCAGAGACUCCAUGGUCAUUGUGAUGAGUUCCUUUAUGGCCAUUAAGUCGUCUUCAAGGCUCAGUUUGACUCUUGUACUGGAUGGAAAUGAACGGAGUCACCUCGACAGAGUGGAGAGAAAAACUACAGAGAUCAGAAACUAGCAUCCAUUAAACACAGUAGAGUCGCUGCUAAACCUGACUGGACCUUAAACUUUGACCUUUUAUUUUCAUUUCUGAUACGUGGUUGAGAUAAUUUGGGUAAAUGGUGGACAUAAAAUGAUCACAUUGAUGUAAAUCUGUGUGUUUCCCUCAUCUUUAGAUUUGGUAUUAAAUGCUGUAGCGUUUCAUCUCGCAGCUCCGACAUGAAGCCGGCUCAGGUGUCAUCCUGCUCACACCUGAGCCUUCGACAGUCAGCUGAUGUGUUUUUUUUGUGCACUUAAGAGGUGGUUGUUGGUCGGAGGUUGAAUCUGUGGCUUCUCUGCCCGAGGACGAUCUGAUUGGUUGAAAUGCUGCUCAGUGCCCACGACAUGCCACUAAACCUCGGUGCUCAGACCACCGCAGGACACCACGACCCUGAGCCAGUCUUUCUCUUCUGAUUUCUUCUCAUCUUUAUGGUUUCAGCCAGACCUGGGCCUCAUGAGGUUGGACAGUACCUUUCACUGUUUUUGGACAGAACAAGGAGUGCCUAAAGAUGUGGACAAACAUUGGACUGUGUUGGAGAGUCUCUGCAGUAAACCUUAAAACAAGGUUGUGGUUACUUCCAGCUGUUGUUGAGCCCAGGUCUGGCUCCAGCUGUUCUCCAUGACUGUACCUCUGUUUCGUAAUGCUGAAGAUGCUGCUCGCCUGGACAUGUGAACGGCUCUAGAGCCUGCUGACGGUAAACGGUGAAGGUCAACCUGAUCUCGGAAAGGGAAGCAGUUUUCAUCGAUUGGUUUGAUGCAACAGUUAAAUUCUACAAACGGACGAAAGGCUAAAAGUAUUCAGUGUUGUGAAAACAUGCUAAAUAAAGAUGACUGCUUUUUUCCAAA